CAAACUCACACUGUCUUCCCUACAUACAUCUCUCUCCUUUCUACGGAGUACGCUCCUUCCAGUGCUAAUUCCUACCUACCGCUACUUUUAGCGGACAGUCUAUCACUACCUACCAUGAGCCAUAUGGCUGCACGACUGGAAUUUCUAAAGAAGUCAGCUCUGAUGCUGGCGUCUGACAGCCCAUCAACAUCUGCCCAUCUUUUGGCAGCUCACAACUGUGUCCUCUAUGAGCUGUCAAAGCCAAUGUCUUUCAGUCAGAAAAGAGAAUACUGUCCAUCAUGUGGGAGUAUUUGUCUUCCAGCUACAACUUGCACAGUUUCUACCCGUGCCAGGGCUCCAAAGGGCGCAAGGCGUGGAAGGAUGCCACCCACAAACGACAAGGAAUCAUGUGCUGUCUACAACUGCCUGCGCUGCCAUCGCCAAACUGUCCAGCCGUUUAAAAAAGCAAAACCUAACCGGCCAGGGGGCAGAAUCGCGGCUGAUACCUCAGCACUUAAUUCGUUACAACCUACAAGCCAGACCGAGACAUCGGCCCCGGAGCUCAAUGUUGCUGCUACGCUUAGCUCCGCUAAGAUGAAAAGCAGUUCGGAUAAUGCGAGCAGUAAGAACAGAGCCAAGGCUCGCAAACAACAAGGCCUCUUAGCAGCUCUCGCAGCGAGCAAACAGACCUCGCAGCCCUCGCCGUCGACAUCCCUUGAUCUGCUCGACUUUUUACAGCCCUAAGCCCUACUUUCCCAAAAUAGCACGGAAAAAUUGUUUGUCCCGUUUCAGUCCAAAAAUGUUUUAGUGCGGGGCCUGACGAUAAGGCUAAACUUAAUAUGUGCUAGUGCGGGGAGCAUCCCAGAAAGAAUUGGAAUGUUUCUCCAAACUGAACUUUUUUUUUUGGCCGAAGAAAAAGCACCGCGACACUUAUUGAGAAAAGGAAACAACCUGGACCUGUCAGUUGCCGUGGGCAUUUUAAGGGUUAUUCUCUAAGAACCCUCAUCUCCAUUGGUUGUUAUCUUUCCCUUCCAAGCAAUUUUUCCCCCAAAGACAACCGCGUAUAACCAAGAGUUCAAUUCGACCGCGCGUUUGAUAGCGCCUUCACUUAGCCUUAGAGACCAGAAUCAUGGCAAAUAGCGAAAGCGCAGCCGU